AUGCGUACUUCUCACAGUACAGAAAGAACCGUAGUACCGACUCAGCCAGCUAGUCGCGUCAACAGCAUGGAGCAUCUCGGGACGCUCAAAGAGCAAAACACAAACACAUCAAGUGGAAGACGCAAUCAGAUUCUGGAAAGCGAUGGAAGAAGUAAUGAAGAUGACCUGGAAAGGGCAAUUGACGAAGAAAAAGCUAUUGAAGGCGAAGAGGACAAGAAAGUUGAGCCGGAGAAGCAGAAGGAUCCGAAUCUGAUAGAGUGGGAUGGACCGGACGACCCCGAAAAUCCCAUGAAUUGGCCGGCAAGAAAGAAGUGGAUUAAUACUGUGACAAUGGGAAUGAUGACUUUCUGUGUAACAUUCGCUUCCAGUGUAUUCAGUAACGCAACAAGACCAACAGCUGAGCUUUUCCACGUCUCAACCGAGGUCACUACACUGGGAACCUCACUGUUCGUGCUCGGUUUUGCCGUCGGACCCUUGAUCUGGGGUCCCUUCUCUGAAGUGUUUGGAAGAAAGCUACCACUCUUCACCGGCUACACUCUCUUUGCCAUCUUUCAAAUUCCCGUCGCCGUCGCCGUCAACCUCGAAACCAUCAUGCUCUGUCGUUUCUUCGGUGGUGUUUUUGCCUCAGCACCACUCGCCAUUGUCGGAGGCGCAUUAGCGGAUUUCUUCACAGCAGUUGAUAGAGGUGUCGCUGUCUGUGUAUUCGCAGGAGCUACAUUUAUAGGACCAAUAGCAGGACCGAUCAUGGGAGGCUUCAUCGUUGACAGCUACCUGGGCUGGCGCUGGACAGCGUGGAUAACCCUCAUCAUGGCUACUUUCUUUGGACUCCUAGGUCUCAUCAUCGUCUCAGAGAGUUCACAUCCAAAGAUUCUCCAGAAUCGCGCCAAGAGAAUUAGGUUUGAGACUAAGAACUGGGCCAUCCACUCGGAACUUGACACCAAGGAAAUCAACUUCAAAUCCAUUCUCCAGGUCUACCUCCUCCGGCCGGUUAAAAUGCUCGUCCUAGAACCAAUCUUACUUCUUAUUACCAUCUAUAUGGCUUUAAUUUAUGGGAUGCUCUAUCUCUUUUUCGAGGCCUACCCCAUAUCGUUUCAGGAACGACGUGGUUGGAAUGCUGGUGUUGGUGCACUUCCAUUUAUCGGCAUCGCACUUGGAGUCGCUCUCGGAGUAGGAACCAUCAUCACAGUUACCAAAACACGAUUCAAGCGUAAGCUCAUUGAGCACGGAAGAGUGAUUCCAGAAGAACGACUUCCACCAAUGAUUCUUGGUUCUGUUUUGUUGCCGGCAGGAUUGUUCUGGUUUGCAUGGACCUCCUCCCCAAAUAUCUCAUGGGUACCACAAGUUAUAUCAAGCGUCUUGAUUGGCUGGGGAAUCUUGAUGAUUUUCUUACAAGGAUUUAAUUACAUCAUUGACGUCUACUUGUGGUACGCGAAUUCGGCCAUCGCUGCAAAUACGUUGCUGAGAAGUUCGGCUGGUGCUGGAUUCCCAUUGUUCGCUACAGCUAUGUAUCAUACGCUUGGCGUGGCCUGGGCAACGAGUCUGUUGGGAUUUCUGUGUAUUGCCAUGAUUCCUGCUCCUAUCUGCUUUUAUAUUUACGGUGCUAAGAUUCGAGCCCUGAGUAAAUUUGCACCUAAAGUAUAA